UAAAAAUGCUUGAAGAUACUUCCCCUCUCUUACUAUUUGUGUGAGCAUAUGAUGUGGGAUUGAUGGUGGUGAAUUUGGUGGUAUUUGUGGGACUGAUGGUUGUUGGGCCGAAGUGAUUUGGAGUGGCUUUUGGUGUGAGAGUGGGGGUAAUAAUGUGCCCAAAAGCUGUAAUAGCCAUUAUCUCAUGGUUAAAAUGCUUUAAAGGACCUUGGGAAAAGAGAAAGCUCAAUUUCAACACAUUCAUCCUCAUGCUCCAAAUCCCUUUCGACAUCUCUGUAAUAAUUGCUAAUGAGAUGUUGGUGGAGAAUGGAUGGGUCAGGGAUUUCAGAGUUGGUGUGAAUGUUGCUUAUGGUGUUAUGACCAUUAUCGACGUGAUCCUGAUAAUGAUUCUUUGAAGCCAAGUCUACUUAGUCGAGCACCCUCAGAAAGAUAUUAAAAGAAGAGAAAUUGUAAACAAACAAAAUGCUAAGCCACAAAAGAACCCAAAACUAGAUUUAGAAACUCGAAUGCAUAAUCUUGCUGAAGACUCUACUCCUCAGCAAGAGGAGGUUGUUGAACCAUAAGUUACUGAACUUUCAUCAAGAAUGUACAGAAAUAACUUUUGAUACUAAGUUAAAAGCUAAUCCCAGUCCAAAGACUCUCUAAUACUCUCCAAAUAUCCCAGGGGCCCUUCUUCAUCUAUUUUCUCCACUCCCUCUUCCUUAACAUCCAAUUUCCUUCUAUCCCCUACUAUCUCAGCCAAGUUCCAUUCCUCCCUAACACUCUCAAAAAAGUAAGCCGCCCCAACAAUGAGUA